AUGUUAGGACACCUAGCCGUAUUGACAGUACUUUGCGCACUGGCUUCUGCCAGACAGGCUAUUGUAGACCUCGGAUAUGCAAAAUACAGAGGAGAAGCAGCUUCGAACGGUGUUGCACAGUGGCUAGGGAUACGUUACGCUGCACCCCCUCUUGGGCCGUUGCGUUUCUCUGCGCCGCAAGACCCUGAGAGGGAGCAUGGGAUUCAGGACGCGUCUCAGCAUGGGCCCCUCUGUCUCGCGACUGAUGAAUAUCCAAUCCCAGCGGGCGUGUCUGAGGACUGUCUCUUCCUUGAUGUUUACGCACCUGCACGGUUCAGAGGAGUAACGCCAAAACUCCUACCUGUAUACGUCUUUAUCCAGGGUGGCGGUUACAAUGUGGACGGAAAUCCCUAUUACAAUGCGGCGGGCCUGCUUCACGCCUCUGAUAUGAACAUCGUCGUUGUCACCUUCAAUUAUCGGGUCGGUCCGUAUGGUUUUUUGGCCGCUUCUGAAAUAAACGAAGACGGCAGCGUAAACAACGGUCUCAAAGAUCAAAUCAAGGUCCUUGAAUGGGUCCAGGAGCAUAUCGGAAAGUUCGGGGGAGAUCCAAACCAUGUGGUGGUGGGUGGUGAUAGUGCAGGCGCGGCCUCCGUAACCCUACUUCUCUCCGCGUACGGUGGCCGGGAUGACGGCCUUUUCCAUGCUACUAUCGCCGAGUCGCAGAGUUUCGCGCCCAUGCUCACCAUAGAUGAGUCACAGUUUGCUUAUGACAACCUAGUCUCCCGAACCGGCUGCAGCACGGCGGUGGACACCCUCGCCUGUCUCCGAGGCCUCGAUAUCGCAACCCUCCAGCGCGAAAACAUUGCCACGCCACUUCCUGGCGCUCUAGAACCGCCCCUAUACUUUUACGGGCCCGUGAUUGACGGCGACCUUGUGCCUGACUACACGUACCGCAUGUUCGAAGAAGGCCGGUUUUUAGAAGUUCCCGUCAUAUUCGGCGACGUCACUGAUGAGGGCACAGCCUUCGUCCCCGCAAAUCUCUCCUCUAUAGCAGCCGCAGAUAGCUUCCUCCAAGCACAGUUUCCCGCGCUUAAACCUCAACACCUCUCCAAGAUACACGAUUACUAUCUCCGAAAUAUCAACUCUAGCCAACUUUACCCUAACGCCACUCGUUACUGGCACCCAGUAAGCGACGCCUACGGCGAGCUCCGCUACAAAUGUCCUGGGAUUGCCUUGUCGAAAAUAUACGACAAGGCCGGCGUCCCAAACUGGAACUACCAUUACUCCGUUCUGGACCCGGAAGAUCAAGCUUCGGGCAAAGGAGUCUGGCACGUCGUUGAACUUAACGCAAUCUGGGGACCAGAAAAUAUGUGGUGGUCGGAUACCAUCUCGAAUCCACCGCCAGCGUCUUAUUACACGUCUAAUGCGCCCAUAAUCCCACUCAUGCAAGGUUACUGGACGAGUUUCAUUAGGAGUUUUAAUCCGAACACGCACCGUUACCCGGGGAGUCCGAAGUGGGAGACUUGGAGUGGUGGUGGUGGUGGAAAAGGUGGAGAAGAGGGGCAUCAGCGCCUUUUUAUUCGGACGGGAGAGACGAGGAUGGAAAGUGUGCCGGAGGACCAAAGGGAAAGGUGUGAGUACCUUACUUCGAUUGGGGUGGAGUUGACGCAGUGA